AUGGCGGCUUGGCCUCUUCCUAGCACCCUCUCCUUGUUAACACUAAUACUCCUACAAUCAUCACCUAUUGCUGCCCAAAAUAAAGGCAAUAUACCAGUAGGACAAUCCCUAUCAGCUGCCACCAAUAAUUCUUCAUGGCAUUCCCCUUCGGGCGAUUUCGCCUUUGGCUUUUCCAAAUUUUCAAACAGCAGCAAUCUCUUCUUGCUUGCCAUCUGGUAUGUCAAGAUUCCCACCACCAUUGUUUGGUACGCAAAUGAUGGUAAUCCUGUUCCUCAAGGAUCAUCAGUCAAGAUUACAGCUAAUGAGGGACUAGUUCUCAGUGAUCCUAACGGAAUUGACCUAUGGAACACCUCUGAUACGCUAAGUGAUGGAGGUGAGGUAAAGUAUGGCUACCUGAAUGAUACUGGGAAUUUCGCCCUCAAAAGUAGCAGCAGUGACAAUCCAGUUUGGCAGAGCUUUAACCAUCCUACAGACACCUUGCUGCCUUCUCAGGUUAUGGAGAUAAAUAUGGAGGUUAACUCUAAGCUAUAAAGAACUAAUUUC